CUACAAUAUGAGUUGAGCUCUAACAUUGGAAGUGAGUGAGAAAGAGAACCACAAAAAUGGCUCUGAAUCUAUGUGCUUCUUCUCCAAAGUGCAAAUGGGUUUCAAGCAACCCAUCAAUGAUGCUAGAUUCGUCACCAAAGUCUUCAUCUUUCUCUUCUUGUUCCAACAAAAUAAAGAUGGCAUCUACCCUCACCUUAACUACAUCAAAAUCAAACACGAGAAAGAGUGUGAGGAGUACAAGGUUGUUGAGUGUGAGAUGCAGCUUGGAAACUGCGGGCCCCACUGUGACCGUAGGGCAGGUGACCGAGGUCAACAAGGAUACCUUCUGGCCUAUUGUUAAUGCUGCUGCUGAUAAAACUGUGGUUCUUGACAUGUACACCCAAUGGUGUGGUCCUUGCAAGGUGAUGGCUCCAAGGUUCCAAGAGUUAUCUGAAAAGUAUCUUGAUGUUGUGUUUCUAAAGCUUGAUUGCAACCAAGAGAACAAGCCAUUGGCAAAAGAGCUUGGAAUUAGAGUGGUUCCAACUUUUAAAAUUCUGAAGGACAACAAAGUUGUAAAAGAAGUGACUGGGGCUAAAUUCGAUGAUUUGGUUGCUGCCAUAGAGGCUGUUAGAUCCAGCUAAAGGAUUGAAAACUAAACUAUUCUCUUAUCUUUCUAUGUAAAAAAUAAGAUAAAAUAAUAUUAUGCUUUAUAUAUAUAUCAUUUGUGUAAGUAUUUUUCUAAUGCAAUUAUAAUCUGAGCAAGAUCAA